UAGCAGAAGUUAAAUAAGAAGCCUCGUGUGAUUUUCAGCUUUAGGCCAUGGAGAAUCUCUGCUACUACCUCGUCACCAUCUUAUUGUGUUCUUUACCUUUACUUCUCAUCUCCAAAAGCUUGCUAUUCAACCAUGUCAAGAACAAGAAGUUACCACCAAGUCCACUUGCUUUGCCAAUAAUUGGCCAUCUUUACCUUAUCAAGAACUCACUCUACCAAGACUUGACUUCAUUAUCAUCAAGAUAUGGUCCAAUUUUCUCUCUCCAAUUCGGCUGCCGUUCCUUUGUUGUUGUGUCAUCUCCAUCCGCCAUUGAAGAGUGCUUCACCAGGAAUGAUAUCAUACUUGCAAACCGUCCUCGGAGCAUGGGUGGGGACAGGCUUUCCUAUAACUAUACGGCCGUUGGGGUAGCCCCAUAUGGCCACUUGUGGAGGGUUCUUCGUCGCCUCUUUGUCGUUGAAUCUUUCUCCUUCAACAGCCUCCAGAGGACUUCAGUUAUCAGGGAAGAAGAAAUUAAGAUGAUUCUCAGGUCAAUAUACAGAGUUUCGAAGUAUGGAAGCCAAGUAAGAGUUGAAUUGAACCGUUGGAUUUCUGUUUUUACGCUCAAUGUUAUCAUGAGGAUGCUUGUUGGAAGACGCUGUAUCAGAGAGGAGGAUGCUGGAGAGGAGUUGGGGAUGCAAAUAAUUAAAGAAUUCAGCGAAAUGUUUGCUUCAGGCGCAGGCAUUGCGCUGAAUUUGUGUGACUUCGUCCCUAUAUUAAGAUGGAUUGGCUACAAGGGACUGGAAAAGGAAAUGAUCUCUUUGCACAAGAAGAGAGAUAAAUUCUUGCAGGGUUUCAUAGACGAAUUUCAAUGUUCAGAUACUCUGCUGGACAAGGGGAAGAAGGCAUUGAUUGCAAAUCUGCUUUCCCGCAAUGAAAAAGAAUCAGAUUUUCUAUCAGAUGACAUCAUAAAGAGUAUUGCAAUGAUAAUAUUUACAGCAGGAAGAGAAACAUCCACACUGACCACUGAAUGGGCUAUGUUGCUUUUACUGAAUCACCCGAAGGCACUAAAGAAACUAAGGACUGAGAUUGACAACAGCGUAGGACAUGGAAGGCUGGUGGAUGAAUCUGAUAUUCCAAAGCUUCCCUAUCUUCGUUGUGUUGUCAAUGAGACAUUGAGACUGUACCCUGCGGCACCACUUCUGCUACCUCAUCAGGCAUCUGAAGACUGCCGAGUCGGGGGGUAUGAUAUUCCAAAAGGUACGAUUGUUUUAGCUAAUGCCUGGGCCGUGCAUAGGGAUCCAAAACUCUGGGAGGAGCCUGAGAAAUUCAUGCCAGAAAGAUUCGAAGCGAAGGGAUUAAUGGAUAAAGAAGAGUUCAAUUCCAAGUUUUUACCAUUUGGGAUAGGGAGGAGAGCUUGUCCCGGAGCCAAUCUAGGCAUUCGGAGUGUUUCAUUGGCAGUUGGUACAUUCAUCCAGUGCUUUGGUUGGGAUAAAGUCGAACAGGAUGGCCAAUUGGACACUGACUUUACUAACAGAGUCACUAUGAAGAAGGUUAACCAUUUGGAGGCCCUAUGCGUUCCACGCCAGGAAUCAAUCCAACUUCUCUCUCAACUUUGAAAGCCAACUAGAAGCUAUGACUUGUGGUAGUACAAGCUAUCAAGUUGUUAUCAGCCAAGACUUGUACGAGAACAUAGCCAUAUUUGUGUUUACGACUAGUAAUAGUUAUGUGUGUUUCACGUUGAACAGCUUGAAUAUUGUGUACGAUGUGCAAAAGUAAUAAAUAUAUCCCUUA